ACGCUAUAGUUGGGGCGUAACAAUUUCAAGAUGGCGCCGCACAUAGUCACAGGAUCUGUAUCUACCGAGCGUGCCGAGGGCUUUCUUUCCGCCUUCAGAAAUGUUAGAUUUGCCGCCUUUAUCGCUCUGGCUGGCCUGGCUCUGAAUUUCAAGAAGGUGCUAGGACAAGAGGUUACUGCAUCACCCAUUUGUGGCUCAGACAUUUACGAUUUGGAAACAUUAAAAGCCGCACCUUACUGGACCAUCACCCAGCCUGGUAUCUGCUAUCUUGGCACCGAGAGAGACGAUUGUACUUUUAACCUUGCAUUUUGCAAGGAUCUACCCAAAGACAAAACACGAGGGCUCACUGGCAUUGGGGCAUCCCAAGAACUAACUGGCAUUGUGCGAUCCAAACCAACAAUACUUGGACAAACAAGUCGGAUUGUUAAUGAUGGGGAUGGAUCCCAGUUGUUCGUGACAUAUGCAGAUGGUGACCUGUUGGACUGUGGUCAUAUCAGCGUCGUCAUGCGGCUCAUGUGCAAUAAGUAUGCCGUGUGGGAGGUACCGGAUACUGGGGCACCAGGCAUCAUACCGUUCACUCCAUUGGUUGUCUUUGUGAAGGACAAUGAAAAUGAAACCUGUCUGUAUGAAAUUAAUGCUGAUUAUGCUGGUGCCUGCGGAGUGAUAAAUCAAAAUCUGAGCCUUGGGACUGUGUUAAUUAUCAUCUUUUUCUGUGUUGUGACUGUCUACCUCAUCGGUGGGGUUAUUUAUAACAAGAUUGCCGGGGCAACGGGAAAAGAACUGAUUCCCAACUAUGAAACAUGGAAUCGAUUGCCAAGUGACAUCAUGGUGGGGUGUGGCUUCUUUUUCAGUUACAUCACAUGUCAGGGCAGAGGAGGGGUAUCCCACGAUGCCUACGACAAAAUCUAGCUAGUCUCAGAUCGCCUGUCAAAUCAAGAGGCUGCUCCUUCCUCAUAGCAUCUCAAAACUUGGAAGAUUCUUGUUCCUUUCAAAACAUUCUUGUUCCUUUUGAGGCAAGACUGUUAUUUCGGAAUGUUUUCUGUUCUCUCUAGGCCUCAUUUUCUGAUACAAACAUGUGACCGUAGGUCACCUGUCAGCACAGGCUAGAUUCUUGAUGUCUUCCAUCCUUAGGAUGGCCAGUUAGCAAAUUCAGCAUGAUUCCACUGGGAUCAUCUGUACACAUUGCCAUGUAGGAACACAGAAUGUAGAUAACGGAAUUUGUUCCAAAUUACAGCUGGCAAUUUUCCUUGGGGAAACUUUUCUAGCGUACUAAGAUUUUCUCUUACAGUUGUUUUUUUUCAAAUUUCCAAAUUGAAGUUGUCUUUUUUAUAUCUUUUUUGUAUUUGUAUUUUUGACGGCAAGACAGGGUAAAUAACAGUUAUAACCAUAUCUCGUACAUAUUCAUGACCAAGAGCCAAAGACAUGUCGGUCCACAUACCAUGACGUGGUAUUUUUCUUUCAAGAAUACAGAAGAAGUUUGAGUAGGAAAGUGUCAGAGCAAUGAGCCAGCGUCUCUGGGCAAAUCAUGGCAUUUACUGCAUGUGCACUUGAUGAGUAAAUCUUUAAAAUUGUGCUCGGUGGUUGUAUGCACAUGCAAUCAUUGCUUGCGCUAAAAUGCACGUGCAGUGAUGAAAGCCAGUGUAAAUAUUCAUGAGUAAUUUCCUAAACCAACAAUUCUGUAUGUAGAAUGUAUUGUGAAACAAAGACAAUAUAUUAUUUACUUUGGGUUAAAAGCCAGUAUUCGAUCCCCCCGUAUUAAAAGCUAUCAAACUAGUCCCAAUACUUGGGUAGGUUCAGCCAUCCAUCCCCAAACUUUGUAAGGUUUGUGAGGAAACAUGUCUGGAAACCAGGCAUCGAUCUAGACGGCUUCAAUAUAAGGGACUUCUUCUAAGAGAUAUUUGACAUUGAAAAAAAGACCAGUUUGUUUCAUUCUUUCAUUGUGUGAAAUUUUGUGCCAUCAGAAAAUGAUUUUCAUGUUGAGGAAAAGCGAGUGGAGUCACUGCCUUAGAAACCUUCUGUGUAGAUUUAGACAGGGCAGUGCUUCUGUUUGAAAAGGAUAGCAUCUGGAAGGGAUACCAGUUAAAAAGAUAUUACUGUGCAGCAGGUGUUAAAGAAAAGGAAUGAUAAACGUGGACUUAACAGGUGCUGAAAAUUUAAUUGGUUUUCUUGACGAAAGACUGCCAUAUUAUGAAACAUCAGCAAGAUAUUUUCAUUGGCUUAAAAGGUUUACGUAUAUGAUAGAGUAGGAAAGCAUGGUGGAAUUUUUGCAAAUAUGUCUUAUUGACAUUUUCAACAGUGGAACAGGCACUGCAGUCAGUUGGCAUAAAGUUAAAGGUUUGAGAAAUUCGAGCAGAAAGAUAUUUGGCUUUUUUGGCGCCAUGGUUCAACAAUAGAAUUGGGUGGAAUGUGUCCUGAUGCCGCAUAAUUGUUAAAGCUGCCAAAUUACCUGAAGUGCCUUUCUUGUAUCUUGUCACACCAUUAUUAACCUGUUCAAAACCCCAGUAAUGAACGACUAUAAAUUCAUGGUGCAAGUCCGCUCAGCUGUUUUGAUUUUUGUCUCCAUAAAAAUGAAUAUUUAACCUGUAGGAGUCAUAUGCUGGUAUUUUGUGGUUUACCAACUGAAGUUUUAAAAGUAAAGUUAAUUUCCUUACUGCUGAAAAGGUUGUGCUUUUGUUUAUUAGUAUUUUUGUUUGCAUGAAUUCCGUCACAGAUACAGUACAUGUGCUUUGGUAGAUUGAAUUACGGAUAGAAUGGUUUUGAAAAUAGUUGUUGGAUGAAUAGAUUUGUAUCUUAUAUUCAAUUGUACUCACCAUGCUUUGAAUUUGGUGAGAAGCUGGUAAUUGCUUUGCAGUAACUAUUGUCUUGAGAAUAGGGCAUAAAAUAUUUCCAAAACAUGGCACUAAGUUUGUUAAAAACAAUUGAAUGUAAAAUGUAUUUAAUUGGUGAUUGCCAAGUUGAUUCUUGAUUUUGCAUUUUUUAUUUAUGGGACUAAAUAUUUGAUUCCUGAUCAGCUGAUUUUGUAAUUUUGUACCUUAACUAAUACCUUGAAGAGUUUUGUGGUUUCUAUCAAAUAUUAAUAAUUCUCUGAUAACAUUCGGUUCUUUCGAAAUGUGAAUUAUCACAAUCUGUGCAUUAAAUUGUAAGGGACAAGUUUCUUGUUGGACAAAGCUUAAUUUGGAAUGGAAUUCACUUUGGAAUCGUUAAUAGAAUACUGAAAAAAUGUGCACAGUCUUUGUGUUCAAGUGUUAAAAAGAUGCAAAUCAUAAAAUUAUCCUUAAACAUUGCAGCCCAUGUAUCAGGGUUGCCAUUUUUAUGUAACGAUUUUGUUAGAGUUUCUUUCAUUACAGGAAACCUUGAGGAUGAAGUACUGAUGUGUAUCAGCAGACAGCACUGAGAUUUGGAGGGCUGUUCUUAAUCCAGCAGGGUUGCUAUGACAUAUUAAUUUUUGUUUCUUAUGAUAAUAUGACUUUUUGGUGUAACUCACUGCUAAAGAAAUGAAUUUUUGCAUGUUUUCCUUUAGUCUAACAAUUCUUCUAGUAUUUGGUUUGUGUACACGGUACUAAGUAAGAUGCGACAUUUAGCUACUCACAAAAUUAUGCAAUUCUGUAUUUUACAAAUUUUGCUUUUUCACAAAAAGCACUGGAUACAAGCUUUUCGGUUAUAGUUGUAUUAUUUUUAUGACUUUUUAUUUUUCUACUUUUUUUGUAUUUAGAUGCAAAUUAAAUGCAAGGUUUUCUUGUAUGCAGGAUUUGUACCCCACAUUAUGCUUUCAUGUGUUUGCUUGCAUUAUUUGUUGUCGAUCUAGCCUUUAAAUUACGUUUCGUUUCACGUAACAUAGACAAACUGGCAUCGUAUUUUAAAUCUGACCUUGGAUGAAAUACUUAAGCAAACUGCUCGAACAUAUUAUUUCAUACGCCUCCACGAUAAAUGACUUUUAUACUCUGUACAUGUAUUUCCUUUUAAACAUAAGGUAUCUGCUGUGCGAGCUUAAGGUUUUGAGUUAGGUACUUUCUCUGUCGAAGAGAAGGCUCUUCUGCUCUUGACACUCUUUUAGACGAAGGAGUUAAUGAUCUUUCGACGCGCGGUGGCGCUCCAAUAUGCAAAUUAAAAAGUUGAAGAGUAUUCCAAGUUCAGAGUUGGGGGAAACGUUAUGCAGCGUGGGAAACAUUCAGUGUGAACAACAAACAUGACAUUAUGUGGUGAAGUUGUCAAUGGUUGUAAUAUUCAAUUUAGUAAUAAACUAAUUUCAGUAGUAACAUACUGCAAGAUUAAGAAGAAUGGUAUGGGUCUAUUGAGAAUUGGGAAAAUUAUUAAAGUUUAGAGCAAUCUACGGCAUAAUCGACGUUACCGCGUUAUUUCAAAAGGAUCGAUCGAACAACAUUUCACUUCACUUGAUUGAUUGGUUGUGGCGAGGUGUAAAUUUUUCGUUGUUCGCGUCGAUCGAGGUCAAAGUUAAGUUGUUUUUUGGUCACACAAAAUCUCUGAUAAUUACUACGGAAUACUAAAAGAUGAACCAAAUAGUCCUUCCAUAAGAGACAAAGAAAAUGAUGAUGCUUUGAUUCAACCUAAUUUGAAGAUGGCAGCCAGCAAUUCCCCUGGUUGCUAUGUGGAUCGUAAACUACAAAACCAGCUGAGUUUGCUCCAGUCCCCAGAAUUUGACGUUACCAUCAAUGAUGUUGGAGAAAUCAUCAACAUUCUCAAUGUUAUCAAGGCUAAGUGUGCACCAACACCUGAGAAGUUUCGUCUCCUGGUUGGUCUGUUGUGUGAGGUUGACCUGUCAAUAACCAAUAUUGAGGAACAUUACGAACAGCUCAUGAUAAAGAAUCGUAUCUUCCAUCUCCUGAGGAUGUUUCCAGAUGUUGCUCAUCCAUUGCUAGACAUUAUCGCCAGGGCAACCAAUCGAUGCUGUCCUCUUGCCUCCUUGCCUGUCACCAUCGGUAGAAUAGAACAAGAGAGACAAGCCUGUAGCAGCGAGGGUCUCCAUUCAUACAACCACGCCAUGAUGCCUAGACAGACACCAUUACUGCAGCACAGCACAUGCCUCAGGAUGUCAGCUCCGAACAAUCAGAUGGCAGCAGCAGCAGUAGUGCCUGGUAAUCAGCAAGCUGGUAUCCUAUCACCUCAGAGAUUGUCAGGUGUCACCCAGCCCACAUCCUACCCACCAUCUGUCCAGGGGAUGACCACGACCUUACCUGCUGGUCAGCCAGUGGUCGGUGGCCGCAGUCAACUGGUGGAAUUUGAUCUAAGCCGCAAGUUGUAUGAUCAAAUUCCACCAUCCCUCCUACAGUCUCCAUUGCAAGCAGGCGUCAAUUCUUCAGGGGCUAGGGAGUCACCAAGUGACAUCCAGAAACGAAUUCUCCUGCAGCAACAGCAGCACCUACGCCAGCAGCUAGAAAUGCUGCAGGUGCAACGACUUCAACAAGCCUGUGUCCGGAAUCUGAGUUUUGGGCAGAAGCAGAUGAGUCAGGUUGCCACAACCACUGUCUCAAGCACCCCCUUGAACAGAAUGGAAUCAUCCAUGUCAGCAAACUCAGCUGUGAUUGGUCCUAGUCGUUCAGUUGUUCAGCCAAAGAUAAUGACUAGAAGUGCCCGCCAGCUUUCCCAGCAGCAACCAAUCCCGGUUACCAUUAGAAACAGGCACAGUGGAUCCGACAUUAAGGCUUUAGACCCCAGGUCACCAGAAAAGCAAAUGGCUUCCAACAAGGCUGUCGGAAAAACUGUCAUCUUUUCAUCAGAUGGACACUGUGUGUCGGAAGCUUCCAAGAAUACACUUCUCCAGCUGGACAGUGUUGUGGAAGGGGCAGCUGGUACCGGUGGGAGAGAAAGUGGUGACGAAGAUAAGAAAGACCGUGGGUUGUGCCUAAGUCAAGUUGGUCAUCAUUGCAUUAUGGUGUCUGUGCGAGACGGUCGAUUUGCUAGAACCCAGGACAGCAUGACGCUUGAGACGGAUCAAAAAGAGAAGCAAACAGACACUCAAACAGAUUCCGCUAAAAGUAAGACUAAGCAAAGGCAGAAAAAGGGGAAGGCGGGGCAUGGGUGCAAAGGGGCGGUCAUUGAUGUGAAGAAUCUGUGUCACAUGCAUGACAUCUGGCCAAGUGACAAACACAAGAAGAGCCACUUCGUGAGUAACUCAGGCAAGCAAAGUCUGACAGUUCAUGAACUUAAUGUUCAGCACCAAAAUCAACCAGAAGUGCAGGGACCAAACAAAACCAACAAUAACAGUAACAACAAACACGAAGGUAUCCCAAAAGAUAUGAGCUUGUCUCAGACCAAUGGUCAAAGUUCCUCCAGGAAACGAAAAUCUCAUCAGCAAGCCAAGUCUCGGAAAAAGAGACGGCGAAGAAGCUUCAACAGUGGUGGCACAACGUAUGGAAUGGCAGCCAAUGAAGAGUCAGCACCCAUAGACCUGUACCACACUCCACCAUCCUCAGGUGGCUUGGGAAACGUGACUGCCCCAAAUGCAGUGUUUGAACCGACAACUGGCACGUGGCGACGGAAACCAGACGGCGCAAAAGCCAACAAGAUAAGCCCACCUCAACGCCAAGUGAUUCAGCUCAGUCAGAACCCACAAGUCAAGUUCCCAGCUGACCUGGAAUCUACCUAUCUCUUGUGCAGCAGCUGUGACGAUGAGAUGUGGUACCAGUCGUCACAAUCUGACGAGACAGAUACAUGUCUUCUGUCCAAUGCGAGUCCAGUGUUGGCUCCCUGCCCAUCAAACAUUGGGAUGAAAUCACAAGCAGGCACUUUCUUAGAAAGACUGAUGCAGCAUGAUCUUCCAACAUCACAUGCUGAAGUUGCCCAAAACAGCACAGCAGAUGCUGCAGCCACUACUGCGAGCACAGCCCCUCGCUACGCAGGAGAGACAAAUUUAUCCAGAACAAGGAAGGACAAGAAGAAGAAGCAUUGAUGAUUAUUGACUGUAAGGUGGCAAUUGGUGCUUGUGACAUGACUGGCAGAUUGAAUGUAUUUUUGUAGGUUACGUAUAAAUUCUUUGACAUUCAUUGAGCCAGGAUGGCGUGCGACUAGAAGACGGAUCUUUGCCACGGUAUGCUGAAGUUAGAUUUAAAGUUCGAAAAUAUUCUGCAGUGUUAAAAAUAUUUGUUAAUGAAUUUAUAGAUUUAAGUCUAGCAAAGGUAUUUGACUGGCGCUUAUUUUAUUUUGAAUUUCAAACGGUGAAAAAGGCACUAUGUUUCUUUUAAAAAUGCAGUUUUGUUUUCAUCUAAUUUGAAUUUAUGGAAAUACUUGAAUGCAUAUUGUUCGAUUCCACUAAGUAGUAUCAAAUUUAAAAGAAUGGAUUUUACAUUUGUUAUUAUCUUUUAGAAUUCUCAGUGAAAACUUAUUUGAACAGUCUGUCUACACAUCAUACAAGUUCACAAAGUAUUUUGCUUCAGUGACUUGAAAAUUCCAUUUUCUUUAUUGAAAAGAAUUUAAGCAAUUGUGACAAGUUCUGGAUUUAGUGACGCCAAUAAUAUGAGUAGUAAACAAUGUAAAUUGGAAUUCCUCCCAAUACGCAACUUUUUACACACUGGACCUUCAUUUCUUUUUGAAGGAAAAGUGGAAUUAUUCUAAAACUUUACCUUGAAAACGUAUCGUUUGAAUGUACCUCAAUGAAUUUAAUUGAAAGAUCCAUACUGUUUUCCUAAAGACAAUUUCUGAUGGGCUUCAACUUGGCAUAUUUGUCUAAACAUUAAUUAGAAGGUUCUUAAAAAUGUGGAUAUUUGCGUAACGUCCUGUCUUAAUUUCUCUCGA